GAUGGGGAGCAAGGGGCAUUACCGGUACCAUUGGCAGAGCCACAAUGUCAAGCACAGCGGCGUGGACGACAUGGUGCUCCUUUCCAAGAUCUCAGAAGAUUCCAUUGUGGAGAACCUGAAGAAGAGAUACAUGGACGACUUCAUAUUUACCUACAUCGGCUCCGUGCUGAUCUCGGUGAACCCUUUCAAGCAGAUGCCCUACUUUGGAGAGAAAGAAGUUGAAAUGUACCAAGGAGCUGCUCAAUAUGAAAAUCCACCUCAUAUCUACGCUCUAGCGGACAACAUGUACCGGAAUAUGAUCAUUGAUCGGGAGAACCAGUGUGUGAUAAUCAGCGGGGAAAGUGGUGCUGGGAAGACGGUGGCUGCCAAGUACAUUAUGAGUUACAUCUCCAAAAUAUCAGGAGGAGGCCCCAAAGUGCAGCACGUCAAGGACAUCAUUCUGCAGUCCAACCCACUUUUGGAGGCUUUCGGGAACGCCAAGACGGUGCGGAACAACAACUCCAGCCGAUUUGGGAAAUACUUCGAGAUCCAGUUUAGCCCAGGAGGGGAACCCGAUGGGGGCAAGAUUUCCAACUUCCUGCUGGAAAAGUCACGGGUAGUCAUGAGAAAUCCUGGCGAGCGAAGCUUCCACAUUUUUUAUCAGCUGAUCGAAGGUGCUUCCGGGCAGCAGAAGACAAGCCUGGGCAUCACCAGCAUGGACUAUUACUACUACUUGAGUCUCUCUGGAUCCUACAAAGUGGAAGACAUUAAUGACAGAUCUGACUUCCAGGAAACAUUGCAUGCCAUGAAUGUGAUUGGGAUCUUUGCAGAGGAGCAGGCGUUGGUGCUGCAGAUCGUAGCUGGAAUCCUUCACUUGGGCAACAUCAGCUUCAAAGAAGUUGGCAACUAUGCCGCGGUGGAGAGCGAAGAGUUCUUGGCUUUCCCAGCUUUUCUCCUGGGCAUCGACCAGAGCCGACUGAAAGAGAAACUGACCAGCAGGCAAAUGGACAGCAAGUGGGGCGGGCGAUCAGAAUCCAUCAACGUGACCCUCAAUGUGGAGCAAGCGUGCUACACCCGAGAUGCAUUGGCCAAGGCGCUUCAUGCAAGAGUCUUUGAUUACCUGGUGGAUUCCAUUAAUAAGGCGAUGGAAAAGGAUCAUGAAGAAUACAACAUUGGUGUCCUGGACAUCUAUGGUUUUGAAAUAUUUCAGAAAAACGGCUUUGAGCAGUUCUGUAUCAACUUUGUCAAUGAGAAGUUGCAGCAGAUCUUCAUUGAGCUGACGCUGAAGGCGGAGCAGGAAGAAUACGUGCAAGAAGGAAUCCGCUGGACGCCAAUCGAUUAUUUCAACAAUAAGAUUGUGUGCGAUCUCAUAGAGAACAAAGUGAACCCUCCGGGCAUCAUGAGUAUCCUGGACGAUGUUUGUGCCACGAUGCAUGCUGUGGGGGAGGGGGCCGACCAGACACUGCUGCAGAAGCUGCAGAUGCAGAUUGGGACCCACGAGCACUUCAACAGCUGGAACCAGGGCUUCAUCAUUCACCAUUACGCAGGGAAGGUGUCCUAUGACAUGGACGGAUUCUGCGAGAGGAACCGGGACGUUCUGUUCAUGGACUUGAUUGAACUCAUGCAGAGCAGUGAAUUGCCUUUUAUAAAGGCUCUCUUUCCAGAAAACCUCCAAGCCGACAAGAAAGGCCGACCUACGACCGCUGGCAGCAAAAUUAAGAAGCAAGCCAAUGACCUCGUGGGCACCCUGAUGAAGUGCACUCCUCACUAUAUCCGCUGCAUCAAGCCCAACGAAACCAAAAAGCCUCGAGACUGGGAAGAGAGCAGGGUGAAACACCAAGUGGAAUAUCUUGGGCUCAAAGAGAACAUUCGCGUACGGCGAGCGGGUUACGCCUACAGGCGAGUGUUCAAAAAAUUCCUGCAGAGAUAUGCCAUCCUGACCAAAGCCACCUGGCCUUCCUGGAAAGGGGAGGAGAAACAAGGAGUCCUCCACUUGCUCCACUCAGUCAACAUGGAUGCUGACCAGUACCAGCUGGGGAGGACAAAAAUCUUCAUCAAAGCACCAGAGUCGUUGUUCCUGCUGGAAGAGAUGCGAGAGCGAAAAUAUGACGGCUAUGCACGGGCAAUCCAGAAGGCUUGGCGGAAGUACGUGGCCAGGAAGAAAUAUGUGCAAAUGAGAGAAGAAGCCUCUGAUCUGCUGCUGAACAAGAAGGAGAGGAGGCGAAACAGCAUCAACCGGAACUUCGUAGGGGAUUAUAUUGGCAUGGAGGAGCACCCAGAGUUACGCCAGUUCGUGGGCAAGCGGGAGAAGAUUGACUUUGCCGACAAGGUCACCAAAUACGACCGGCGGUUUAAGGGUAUCAAGAGAGACCUCAUCCUGUCUCCCAAGUGCGUGUACCUGAUUGGGCGAGAAAAGGUGAAGCAGGGCCCAGACCGAGGCCUCGUGAAGGAGGUGCUGAAGCGGAGGAUCGAGGUGGAGAGGAUUCUUUCUGUCUCUUUAAGCACCAUGCAGGAUGACCUCUUUGUUCUCCAUGAGCAAGAAUACGACAGCCUCCUGGAGUGUGUCUUCAAAACAGAGUUCCUGAGCCUUCUGGCAAAGCGCUACGAGGAGAAAACGCAAAGGAGGCUGCCUCUGAAAUUCAGCAAUACGCUGGAAGUGAAGCUGAAAAAGGAGACCUGGGGGCUGUGGAGCGCUGGAGGGUCUCGCCAGGUGCAGUUCAGCCAAGGCCAGGGAGACGUGGCUGUCCUCAAGCCGAGCAAUAAAUUGCUGCAGGUCAGCAUUGGGCCAGGACUCCCGAAAAACGCCCGGCCUACCAGGCGGAACAUGACCCAAAACAGAGGCAGCUCCAACAGGACUCCAGGCCACAACUACCCUUCCAGAGCUGCUCCGCCUCCCCCUGGUCUUCAUCAAAACGGGGUGAUAACAGCCCCACCCCUCGUACUGCACCCUCAAGGCUCAGCAGGCCAACGAGCCAGCCAAAGAAGCUUAUACACAAGCAUGGCGUGCCCCCCAUUGCCGCAGGUCUCUGGAGGAUCAGGCAGAAUUUCGCAGCAACUAGACAGCCUGGACUUCCUCAGGGUGCCGGAUCAAGGUGCUGCCGGAGCUCGCAGGCAGACGACUAACCGACCCCCACCCGCGGGAGGCAGACCAAAGCCACAGCCAAAGCCUAAGCCUCAGGUACCCCAGUGCAGGGCACUGUACGCCUAUGACGCUCAGGACACAGAUGAACUCAGCUUCAACGCCAAUGAUGUUAUCGAUAUCCUCAAAGAAGAUCCCUCAGGCUGGUGGACCGGCAGGUUAAGAGGGAAGCAGGGCCUGUUCCCCAACAAUUACGUGACCAAGGUGUGACGUUGCUGGCCAAGAGACCCUUCCUGAACACCAAGAAGCCAGCUGUGCUGUUUUCCUGCUGUUGUCGACUUGGAAAACGUGGGUUCCGCACAGAAUCUCUGCAGGGCAGCAUCUGUGACGUUAGAAGGAAGACUGGAGGGAACAGUUGCUCUGUUUACACUCCACCUGGCCAAAGCACAUCUCCAAAUGAGCAGUUUAUUUAUUUUACCCUUUAAUUUUCUCAUGAAGAAAGAAGAGGCCAAUUCUGGAACCAGUAAAGUGCUUUGCAGCGGCCAGAGGGUAGAAGAGCUCCGUUGGACAAGUGCCUUCCAUGGCCCUGGGGGCCCUUUCUCCAUUUUCCUGCCCCUGAUGGCAGCAGAUGCUCAUUUCCUCGGGUAGGAACACUGCAGAGGUGCCCAGUAGUAAUAAGUUAUGCUGCUACCUGCCUAAGUUAAGUAGGAUCCCCCAGGUGGAAUCUUGUCGUUUCACCCCUUUUUAAACAUUGUUAUUUAAGCAGACCUGGCUCAUGUUUGCUUGGGAGAUUCCCAGAAGGCACUGCAACCAAAGGAGACAAUACAGGAUGCUGUAAACCAUUUGCAUCGAUUGUUUUAGAGAUGGCUGGCCCAUGCUGGUUUGUGUUAUUGCUGUACCUGUUAUAAGGGGAAGGUUCUCUUCCCCCUUGAAGGAAGCUGUACUUAAAGAGCAGAUUAUACAUUUAAAAAACCAAAAUACGUGACAAACUGUAUGAAUGUAUAGGACAGUAGCCCACUGUACUUAACCAUAAAGGUAGCUUGAUUUUAGCAUUGGGGGGGAGGGGACCAGGUACUUCUACGUAUGCACUAUUCUUUAAGGGACAGAGACAGUGUUAAUAUAGUUAUCGAGCCCGGCGGCCUCCCACACCAGCCAAGAGCUGGGCUUUAUUAGCAGGACUGUCGGCCACGGCCAUUACUCAUCAACUUCUGUCAAUAAAAACAGACCUUGAAGGGGCCUU